UAUUAUAUAAAGACCUCAAAGUCAUUCCGUUUUAACGGAAAAGCUCUCCACGCCAGAGAAAAAAAAGAGACCCAGGAAUCUUAGCAACAAUGGCGAUGGCUUUCAAGAUGGCGACGACGGGGAUGCGAGUGACGGAAGAGUGCACGAGCUCAUUCUUGGAGAUGAAAUGGAAGAAAGUGCACAGAUACAUCGUGUUCAAGAUCGAUGAGAAUUCCCGUAAAGUCACCGUCGACAAAGUCGGCGGCGCCGGAGAAAACUAUCAAGAUCUCACCGCUUCCUUACCCGUGGACGACUGUCGCUAUGCCGUAUUUGAUUUCGACUUUGUCACGGUCGAUAACUGCCGCAAGAGCAAGAUCUUCUUUAUCUACUGGUCGCCGGAGGCAUCAAGAAUAAGGGCAAAGAUCUUAUACGCAACGUCGAAGGCUGGGCUAAGGAGGGUUUUGGAAGGGAUUCACUAUGAGCUUCAAGCUACCGAUCCGACUGAGAUGGGAUUCGAUAUUAUCCAAGACCGUGCCAAAUAAGUUAAUCAAAAGAGUAUAAUAUAAUAUGAUCUGACUGACCCACUUUGUCGAUAAUUAUCAUUGAUCAGGUAUCAAUUAAUGUUAAUUAUUGGUGGUUAGUGCUUACUUUCAGUCUCACCAACAGCACCCUUUAAUUAUGUAUGUACUGAUGUUGCUUUUUUAUGUUUCAUUGUUAUCUCCUUUUGUCGGUUAAGCACACAUGAAAAGGAGUGAAUCUCUUCCAAAUCUUAA